UCAAGUUUCGAUGAAGAGUAGGGCAGAAGGAGAAGGAGAAUAGAGACGAUCCGGUCUGCUUGAUCGACUGAUCGUCCCAGGAGGAAGGUGAGGGGAGAAAUUUCUCGUGGUUUAUUGGGAUUUGAAGUUACUGCGCGGAAGGCGAGGAGGAGAGGAGAAAAAUGACGGCUGAUCUUCAGCUUCCCCCAGGUUUCAGGUUCCAUCCGACGGACGAGGAGCUCGUGUACCACUAUCUCUGCCGAAAGUGCGCGUCGCAGCCCAUCUCCGUGCCCAUCAUCGCAGAGGUUGAUCUCUAUAAGUAUGAUCCAUGGCAGCUACCAGGGAUGGCGCUGUACGGGGAGAAGGAGUGGUUCUUCUUCUCACCGAGGGACAGGAAGUAUCCGAACGGGUCGAGGCCGAACAGGGCAGCCGGCUCCGGUUACUGGAAAGCCACCGGAGCCGACAAGCCGGUGGGAAACCCGAAGCCGGUGGGGAUCAAGAAGGCGUUGGUCUUCUACGCGGGGAAAGCCCCCAAGGGCGAGAAGACGGACUGGAUCAUGCACGAGUACCGGCUCGCCGAUGUCGAUCGCUCCGCCCGCAAGAAGAACAGCUUGAGGCUGGAUGAUUGGGUGCUAUGUAGAAUCUACAACAAGAAGGGCUUCCAUCACAUGCCAGUACAAGGGAAACAGACCGAUACCAACAGCUGGGAGUACUCCAUGCUAGAGGAUGAAAAACCAGAGGUGAUCCAGCCGGCCCGAGCCCGGCCCAAUCCCCGGCCGUCCACCGACAUGAUCCACAUGGAGAGCUCCGACUCGCUGCCACGGCUCAACACUGACUCGAGCUGCUCCGAGCACGUGCUGUCACCACCGGAGGUCGCCUGCGACCGGGAGGUCCAGAGCGAGUUCAAGUGGAGGGAGUGGGAAAGAGGGGUCGAUUCCAGCUUUGAUAACUUCUUCAACAGCAGCAACAACAACUCGUUCCCUCAAUUAGACCCCCAAUUGACGCAGCCAUUGUCAAGGGACCCUUCCCUCAAUGAUGUGUUGAUGUACUUGCAGAGGCCCUUCUAGGAUGCCCCCUUUUAGAUUCACAUUCUUUUGCCGCCCUCGGUCGGCGUCCGGCACAGGCACAUGCCCCAUUGCGCUUUAUCCUGUCUGCAUGUGAAGCCUAUACGGGGUAAUUCGGUGUCACCAGGUCUAGGCAAUUACUUAUCAAUGUAUGUAGAAUCCAAUAUAAUGUGAAAUGAUAGUGUUAAGUCAGGCCAUAUUUUUUUA